AUGGCGAAGAAGGGUCAGACGGGGUCGGAGGAAUUCUCGUGUGAGAUGUUCAGUAACAAGUUCUUUAUGCUGUGCGGGGCGGGCGGCGCCGUGGCGUGCGGCUCCACGCACACGCUGCUCACGCCGCUCGACCUGGUCAAGUGCCGGCUGCAAGUAGACCCUGCCAAAUACAAAUCCCUACUCAAAGGAUUCUGCGUGUCCUUUAAUGAAGGGGGAGCCCCCAAUUUGGUCAAAGGCUGGGCGCCCACUCUCAUAGGCUACACUCUGCAGGGCUCUGCCAAGUUUGCCGGCUACGAGUACUUUAAAUACAAAUUCGCUACCAUGGUAGACGAAGAGAGUGCCUAUUUGUACAGGACGUACUUAUACUUAGCCGCAGCAGCGUCAGCGGAAAUCGUCGCGGAUGUAUUCUUAGCACCAUUCGAGGCUGUCAAAGUCAGAAUGCAAACGACGCCGGGGUACACGUCUCAAAUGAGAAAGGCUAUGCCACACAUGAUGUCCACCGAAGGAUUCGGAGUGUUCUACAAAGGAUUGACACCGCUCUGGGGUCGUCAGGUACCUUACACUAUGAUGAAGUUUUCAUCUUUUGAAGUAACUUUGGAAUAUUUAUACGCAAACGUGGUUCCUAAGCCGAGGAACCAGUGUACUAAGGGUGAACAACUAAUAGUGACGUUCGCGGCGGGUUACAUCGCCGGCGUGCUGUGCGCUAUUGUCUCGCACCCCGCAGAUACGAUCGUGUCGAAGUUAAACAAAGACCCGAGUGCUUCAAUUGGCGGUAUAAUAUCUGAAGUGGGCAUGGUCGGUAUCUGGCGCGGGUUGGUGGCGCGUAUCAUCAUGAUAGGCACCCUCACGGGCCUGCAGUGGUUCAUCUAUGAUGCCUUCAAAGUGUACACUUUGAUGCCGCGGCCUCCUCCCGCCGAGAUGCCCGAAUCUCUGAAGAAGAAAUUGGCAGGCAAGAAA